CUCUACCCAACCCGCACAACAACCAGUUCUUACUAUCUUGAGUCUAAUAAAAUGCCAACACAUCUAUCCCCACUUCUCAUUUAUAAAUAAGAUUGACAUACAAAUUUUUCUUAAAAGCAUAUAGAAAAACAUAUCUGUUUUGCUUUCUGAUGAUUCAUAGCAAUAAUUUAUUGUAAAAUUAUACAAUAAUGGUUGUGAAACUAUACGGACAGGUAACGGCAGCUUGCCCACAAAGAGUCUUGCUUUGUUUUCUUGAGAAAGGAAUUGAAUUCGAGAUUAUUCAUGUUGAUCUUGAUACAUUAGAGCAGAAAAAACCAGAAAAUCUUCUUCGUCAGCCAUUUGGUCAAGUUCCAGCUAUAGAAGAUGGAGAUUUCAAGCUUUUUGAAUCACGAGCCAUUGCGAGAUACUACGCGACCAAGUACGCAGACCAAGGGACGAACCUUUUGGGCAAGUCACUAGAGCACCGCGCCAUCGUGGACCAAUGGACCGACGUGGAGAGCCAUUACUUCAACGCUCUAGCCCAUCCCAUUGUGGUUAACCUAAUCAUCAAGCCUAGGUUAGGCGAAGAAUGUGACCUCGUUUUGGUCGAGGAGCUCAAAACGAAGCUCGGAGUGGUCUUGGACAUAUACGAGAACCGCCUUGCUUCGAACCGGUUUCUGGCUGGUGAAGAAUUCACAAUGGCUGAUUUGACUCACAUGCCGGCGAUGGGGUACUUGAUGAGUAUAACCGAUAUAAUCCAGAUGGUUAAGGCUCGGGAGAAUUUUAACCGUUGGUGGGAAGAGAUUAGCGCUAGACCGGCUUGGAAGAAGCUUAUGGAGAUGGCUGGUCACUGAAUUAGCUCGAAUGUAUGAUACUAUGAUGAUUGGAACUAAUUACGCUUUAAUAUUUUCUGUUUUUUUGUUUGUUUGUAUCUGUAUUGUACCUUUCAAAGUUUCAAUAACAAAAUCAAUCUACGUUUGAAGAAUUAA